AUGCGUGUCCCCGAUCUCAUCAGCGCUUCACAAUCAGACACCAACGCGGCACCUCAGCACUCACGACAACGCAACGGCAAUCGCAACUCAUCACCGGCCGCGUCCGCCUCUACGUCGCCGUCACCAGAGGCAGAACGGCCACCAGCGACGCGUCCGCCGCCGACUAAGAGAAAGAGAAUCACCGAACCAGACGCAGGUAGGUCUUACACGCGCAGGAAACGAGCCGCGACGGCAUGCGGCUUCUGCCGGCUCCGCAAGACGAAAUGCGACAACGUGCGGCCUGUGUGCGGCUUCUGCAAGCACCACGGCGCGACGUGCGUCUACGGCGAUGAGGAGGUGGAUGAGGCCGGCAACCCGACAAAUCAAAACCGCGGGGAAGAUGCCAGCGCCGUGAUAUUAGAACGGCUGGAUGAAAUCAAACAACUCCUACAGAGUUCGCCCAAAACCUCCGGAGAUGCGGCCGCGCAUUCCGCGUAUCAUCGGGAACCCACUCUCCCCGCCGGCGCCGGCCCAUCUCCAGGAAAUAACGUCUUUGAGGACAAUCCUGGGCAGGCCGAUCGAUGGAACACCUCCCGAACGCUGUAUUCCGCGCUUAGAUGUGAGUCCAUGCUGCGAUGGCCGGUUUUCGACGGCAUGAUACCGGAAGAAGACGCGAGGAUAGAAUCCUUCAUCCUCGAAUUCGGCACAGAUCUCAACGAUGAGCCUCGUCACGAGGGCGGCACCUCCAACGUAUCACUCGCGACAGCUGGUUCGGGAGUGAGAGAAGACGCUUUUGUCCCGCUGUGCCAGAGGUUUCUGAUGCAUGUCCACCCGCGGAAUCCGAUUCUCGAAGGCAAGGAGUUGAUGAGUUAUGCGAGGCGAGCGGCUGAGCAUGGAGUUGGAUGGGAUUCACCUUCGUGUCUGGUGCUACUUACCUGCGCUCUGGCUUGUCUGACGACCCCAUGGAUCCCACCGGCAUCAGGAACGCCGUUCAUGGCAACAGUCGUCUCCGAGGAUGUCGCUGAGCUUCCUCUCCCAGCAAUAAUUGAAACGGAAGAUUGCGGCGUGGCGGACGCGUACUAUCUCGCCGCUUCAAAACGCAUCGGUCUACUGGGGCCAUCCAUUCUCGACAUCCAAUGCCUUUUCCUGGCCUCCAUGUACGAGAAAUGUCGUCUGCGGCCGUUGAGAGCGUGCUUCUACAUCCAGCAAGCCUCGACAAGGCUUCAAACCCAUCUUCUCCGAAGGGGAAGACGGCCCUGGAGAGAGGCCAACGGCAGGGAGAAACCCACGCAGCCUCUGGAACAGCGUGUCUUCUGGUCGUGUUUCAAGGCAGAAAACGAAAUCCUCCCAACCCUGGGCCUGAGGUCCAGCGGCCUCGAAGACUUCACCUACCCGGAUUCCUUCCCCGCCCCGCCGUCUACUCUGUCUUCCGCCAGGUACGACAAUGCCGACUAUGCAUGGUCCCCGAUGUCAGACGACCAACAACGCGUCGAGGAAGAGCGGAGCUGGCUAUACUACCUCGCCGAAAUAUCCCUACGCCGGACCAUCAAAGACACCAUGGCCGUCCUGUACUGCAAAGGCGAGACGUACUGGCUCCAAAACGAGCGGCUGCUAGUGCGACAGUAUGACGAGUUCGAAAAGGAGAUUUCUGAACUGCACUCUCACCUACCGCCCCUGAUCCAGUUCGACGAGCACCGUCUCGCCGACAACGAGCUCUCGUUCUAUCUCCAAGGACGCUUCCAGGGAUGGCGCGAGUCGACUCUGAGGCCGCUGCUCUACUGCGCCCUCCACACCCCCGCCGUGCCGGAACAGCUGGACCCGCGCGUCGUCGAGCUGGCGCAGAAGGCCGUGGACACGUGCUCUGUCAUGGUGGUGAAGACGGCGUAUCAUCACCGCCAUGGCGGAAGCUGGUUCGUGGCCAGGAGGGCGUUCUCGUGCGCCUUGAUGAUACUCGCGGCGAGACUGAAGAACGGACCUGUCAAGGCGCCUUCGAAUUGGAGGUCGUUGGUCAGAUUGGCGUUGAGGGUCAUGCGCCGAUGGGGCAGGGAGGCCCGCGAUAUUGACAAGAUGAGGUCUACUUUGGAGCGUCUGUUCGUCCGAGUACAGGCGAGUGCGGAACCGUAG